AUGGAAGAUGUUACAGCAAAAACUGAAAAUAUACCAAAACCAGAUGAACAAUUGACUUUUGUUUCUGAAGAAUUGAAGGAAUUACGUGAGUUUUGAGUAGUUGUUUUUAGUUUUUAAUUUUUAGGUAAUAAGAUCCAAGUUAUUGAAGCUGAUCUCUUUGCUCAACGAACUCAUGUAGCUGAGCAAUCUACGGAGAUAUUUGGAUUGAAUAAAAAACUCAAAUUGGCUGGUAAGUUUGGCUUUUUAUAUUGUUCAUGGUUUAGGUUAAUGUGUUUUCGAGGAGCUUGUUCAGAUUUUUCAAAAAAAUUUGUUAACGUAUUUUAGAAAAAAAGGCUUUAGAAGCUUUUAAUUUAUAUUUACAGAAGCUGAGAAUGCUACGAGCAACAGUACGCUCCGUGACAUCACGGCGGACAAUACUCGGAUGAGGAAUGAGCUUGAAGCCGUGACACAGGAGCGAGAUUAUCAUGUUAAUAGUGUUAAGGAUCUCGAAUCACAAUUAACUAGUUAUAAAGAACAAUCUACUAGACUUGAAAAGACUUUAGAAUUGGAACGACGAAGGUAUUCGGAAGAUAAAUCAGCGCUGGAUCAUAUUCAGAAGCAGAACAUUGAUCUUAAGAAUAACGCUCGACGUUUUGAGGUAUGUUGGUAGAGUUUAGUUUAUAUUAUUGUCUUUAGAUUGAAAAUGAACGUUUGAAACGAGAGUUACAAUUGGCGGAUUAUACACAAAAGCAGAGUAACGAAGAGCUAGUACAAUAUUUGGCUGAAAGGGACAACUUGAAGUAUGAAUUGGUAAGGGUUUUUACCUAUAUAGUUUUUGUAGAUCCUUGAGGGCCUUUUUCAUAUGACUUUAGCAAGUUAUGUUGUGCUUUUGGCUAUUAAGAUCUUGUUUUAGCAAAAACUGUCAACAAAAAGCGUGGAAGUUGAAGCCGUUGCCAAUUUAAAAGUUCAGGAGUUUGAAAUUGGGCAAAAAAAGUUAAACAAAGAUGUUGAAGACUAUCUAAACCAAAUUGAAGUUCUCAAAACAGCGUGUCAAAAGUUCAAAGCUCGAAAUGAACAACUUACUUCUCAAUUAGAAUUAACCAAAAAAACUGCUGUAGAAUGGGAGAGACGUCACGCAGAAGCUGUGGAAAGCUACGAUGGAGAGUUCGGAAGGUUGACAGAAGUGGCUGAGAGAUCUGAAACGGAUCUUCAGGCUAAAGACGAUGAGAUUAGUAGGAUAACAUGGUUGUUGGAGGGGAAAACAAGGGAACUUGAAGCUUUGGCGUUGGAAAAAGGUGGGAAAUAGUGAAUAAGUUGUUAUUUAUUGUAAAAUACGUCUUUCUUAAUUGUGAAAAUUAAAUUUUUAGUUUGUUUUAGCUUUUAUACUUUGUGUUAUCAACUAAAUCAAGACUUUUUAGACCAAGUAAUUCAGCGGUUACAAGAAGAAGUUCAUAACGUCAAAGAAGAUUUAAGAUUAAAAGAAGAAAGUAAGUGGAAAGCAUGAUAUUUUUGGUCUUUUGGUGGUAAUAAAGACAAAUUUUAUACUGUUUUCAAUGUUUUAUGUCUUUCCUACAAUAAAAAUGCAUUUCAGUGUACCAAGGAGGACCGGCCUUUUCCACAGCAGCUCAAGAAACCCUAUCCCUACUUAAGAAUGCCCAGUCUUUAACCGAGAUCUAUAGAUCUCAUAUUCAAGUCAAAGCAGAACUGGCUAAAAAGACUGUACUACUAGAACAAGCCGACACAACUUUAACUAAACUACAACAAGAUUUCUUGGCCAACAGUUCAGCUUUGAGUCUACAAACGGCCCAAUUUGAAGAAACGACCCGUGAACUGCAACGUGCUAAAGCUCAACUAAAACAAUAUAAACAAGAACGAGACGAAAUGACGGUGGCCCGAAAUGCUUGUCAACAUGAACUACAGUUCAUCACUGAUGAGUUGGAAAAGUAUCAAGGAGAUUGUCGCUGUUUGUCCGAGCAGAUUCAGAAUUUGUUGAGGCAGGAUCAGGAUCGUAUGGAAGGGGAGAAUAUUUUCAGUUUUUCUGAUAUUAAAGAGUUACAAAGCAAGAACUUGGAAUUGGUUAGGAGGUAAGAAAGGUUUUGGCUUGUUAUUGAAGGUUUUUAUUGUUAAAUUGUUGGCGAUUGAUAUUGAAGUAGGCAGGGGCGUCGCUACGGAUUUUUUCUGGGGGGGGAGACGCAAAAAAAAAUUUUUUCGUCCACGGGACCUGUGGACCGAUUUUUCAAAUAUCUUUUUUUUCGACUUUUUCGCGUUCAGGUACCUACCUGAGGAUUUUUUUUUUUUUUCGGAUCGGCUCUGGGGGGGGGGGGUCCACCCCCCCCUCCCCUCUAGCGACGCCCCUGGAAGAAGGUAUGUGUUGUAAAAAGGUUUAGAAAAGCACUGUUUUUUAUUUUUUUUGUGUUUAAAGCUUAUAUUAACGAUCAAAAAUGGCUUCAGGACCUGAAAAUGGGUCCGAAUUGAAUGACAAACUUAGCAUUUCUUGCUAGCAUGCAUACAGCGAUUACUAGACUUUCACGACGAGCCGGGCUGGUUUUUAAGCCUGGACUGCCGCAAUUUUACUGAAGUCCGGCUCGUCGUUUAUAUCUAAGUAUCACCCUUGUACUACAAUAUAAACCUAUAUCUUUCCAGACUAAACACCUUGGAAUCCGAAAAAGAAGCAGCGAUCAAAGAAGCGGAAGACCUGAAGUUUAAGGAACUGAAGGACAAGUUAACAACGGCCGAAAAGAUAAUAAAGGAUAAAGAAUGGAACAUUCAAAAGUUGACUACUUUAUACGAAAAUGUUCACGAAGAACUAAAAGCAAGCAGUAACAGAGAAAAACCAACAGAAAUCAGAAGUUCUUUUGACUUUACUGUUACUCAGUUCAAUGAUCAGGCCAAGAAUUUGGAAGCUUUGCUUCAAAGGCUGAAGGACAACUUGGAGAAGAGGAAGGCCGAGAUUUUGGAGUUGUCUUUGUAAGGGUUUUAUUUUUUUUUUAAAUUUUAGGGUUUUUUGAUGAAAAAAAGGAAUGUAAAAUACGUAACGGGAACAUUAUUCAAAAUGAGAAGGUAGAAAUUACCUAAGCUUAACUUUAUGGCUAAAAAAUUAAUUUGGGAACUUCUCAACUUCUUUAAAAUUGCUUAAAUACAUACUUACAUACCUAAAAUAAUGUUUACAGAAGUCACCAAAAAGAAGAACAAAGAUGGGCACAAAACAAAGAAGCCUUAACCUCUCAAUUGAACAAAGUCAAGGCUGAGUUAUCAGAAAAACUAACGGUAUUGACUAAUGCCAUGAAGAAAGAACAAGAACUGAAGUACAGACUAAAGGAAUCCGAAGUUUGUUACGGUGGAAUCAAAACGAGACUAGAAUUCGUGGAGAAAAAGAAGAAUGAACUGCUGGAGAGGGAGAAGAGAAAGGAUGAAGCUUUGGCUGAUUUGAGGUGGGUUUGAGGACCCUAACAGUCCUGUAAAGCCGUUGGGAUGGGUCUAGUAGGCCUCUUUUCUGGUCUAUUAUAUAAAGGGUUUUUUAUCUUUUGGGUGGAUUUUUUGAUUUUUUUGUAAAAAAUGCACAGGGGGGGGGGACCAAGCUCAACUUUUUUUUAAAAAAAAUUAGAAAACUUUAUAUUAUAUACCUAAAAAUUUGUUUUUUUAUUAUAUUUGUUCCCUUUCCAGAAGCAAAAAUCGAACGAUGGAAGUAGAGCUCAAAGACCUGACGAAAAGAAACGAUUUCCUCAAAGCCCAACUUACACAAUACGAAAAAAACACAAACCUAAGCCUGGAAUUGAAAACAGCGUGCAGUGAUCUAGAAGCAUUGAUUGAGCGCCAAAAAGUUCAGAUCAAACAAGAAGCAGACCUCGAAAUCCGUCAAUUGAGCGAAGAAGUCGAGAACUUAAAAAGCAAACAGUUGCAGCUAACUCAAACCAAAGAAACCUUGGAGAAUGAACUUAAAAUCACGAAAACGAGCUUUGAAAACGAAGUUAAGAGACUCAAGUUUGAAGUGGAAAAUGCCGAAGUCUCACUGGAACCAAUAAAGAAUGAGAAUCAGGAGCUGAAGAAGAAGAUCCAGACAUUGACGAAGGAAUUACUGGAUUGUCAGAAGAAUGAAACUGAAGUAACGUUGUUCGAAACGAAUAAUAGCAUGUUGAUGAGUGAGAUUGAGGUUAUGAACUAUCAACUUGAUGCUACAGAGCGGUUGUGCGAAUGUAAGUUUGGAUGGUUUUAGGUAUAGUAUAUGAAUGGGUUUUAGAUAUAGUAUCUGUUACGUUAUAAUCUUUUUAAAAUUAAUGGUAUUGGCAUUAUAAUGUAGACUUGAAAGGGAGUGAUUUGAAAAGCUCAUUCAUAAUUUCACACGUAAUAUUGUAACUUUUUUCACGAAGAUAUUGUAAUAGUAUUGUGUAGGUGGCCCUAUCGUAUUUUACCUUUUUUCAGUCUGGAAACACAGGUGGUUUAAUGAGUUCAAAGGCAAGGUAGGGGCUACGACUUUAUCCACAGAAGAACAGAUUGACUACGCGGUGUUGAUCAAGGAUUUGAUUGAGGAGAAUGAAAAGACGGUGCAAGAAGCGUAGGUUUUACUAUAAUAUUAUAUGUUCAGCGUCUUCUAUUAUCUACAUCAGCUUGUUUUAAUAGCUACUUGAGCUUCUUUUACUAUCUAAUUCAGUCGCUGUUAAUGUCUACUUCAUCUUCAUUGUGCUCUACUUCAAGCUCUACUUUUUUAUAGUUGUAUUUAACACUACCUUAACCUAAAUUAUUCUCUUUCAGAAACACUCGCGUUUUAGAAACACUGCGUCGAAACAUGGACCUAGAAGUUGAGAAGCAAUCACUAGAAGCAUCGAUAAUUGAAAUCAACAAACACGUAGAGGCCGAAAAACAAAAAUGGAUGCAAGAAGCCAAAGAAGCGACGGAAAAAUUCGAGUUAAGACCGGUGAAACGAGAAUACGAACCGAUGGAAUUGGAAGAACCCAAGGCGAAAGCGAUAAAAAUUGAAGUAAAUUACAUUGAAGAAGAGUUAAGAGCAGAAUUGAGCAAGAAACAGAACGAAAUCAGUGGAUUGAGGGAGCAGAUACAGAGUUUUAAGGUGAGGAUACAAUGGUCUUUUGAAAAAAUGAAAUUUUAGGUAUCAAAUUGUUAAAAAAUGUUAAAAUUUUCGAAAAAAAAUAUUUUUGGAGUAAAAUACGGAUUUGUAACUUCUGUCUGACAAUAUCUUAUAACCUGUCACAUUACAGAAGCUCGCAGAAUCCGAUAGAGUUCAAUUAAUCGAAGACCUGAAGAAAUAUGAAGCCGAAAAGAAGGAAGUUUGGGCCAGAUUGGACGAAUUUAUCAAAGAAACUACCUUGAAAUUGGAAAGCAAUGCAGGUUCAGUAACAGAAGAGCUGCUUGAAACACUCAGGAAGGGAUUGGCUUUUGUAUGUUAAUUAUAAGUUAAAACGCUUAAGAAAAGUUUUUUGUUAUGUUAGGCUGUUCAAAUAAUUCUGUGCUUUUUUUUAAUGGAAAUUUUUUGGGAUAGGGGCACAUAAUUAUUUGAACAACCUUAUAAAAAAUAUAUGAAAACAUUGUUAAUUAACAAAAACUUUCUUUACAAAACACAAAAUGGCAAAAACUUUCUUUACAGAACGAAAAAUGGCAAGUAUUUUCUUUACUAAACCAAAAAUGGCAAAAACAUUAUUACAAAACAAAAAAUGACAAAAACUUUUUUUACAAUACAUUAAAUGGCCAAAACUGUUUACAGAGAGAAAAAUGGCAAAAACUUUCUUUACAGAACGAAAAAUGGCAAAAGCUUUCUUGACAAAGCGAAAAACGGCAAAAACUUUCUUUACAAGACUAUUAUACUUUUAUUUUAUGAAUUGUUUUAGGAGAUUAAUCAACGAUUGAAUUUUGCUAGCCAAGUUCAGGCAUUGCGGCUGGAAAACCAAGACUUCAUAGCUACACAAUUGACUUUGCGAACGGAGCUGAACCAAGCCAGAAAGGAGAUUUCUGUAAGAGGCUAAAACUAUAUUUUUACCUUAUUUACUAAAGUUUUGAUAUUUUUUUGAUUCUCAGCUACAUUUUUGAUCCUUGGCUAUUUUUUGAUUAAAGUUAUAAUCCUUGUACAUUUAUAGGUCAGAACCAGCCAACUAGAACAAACAAAGUCUUCCUUAUUAGCCCAAAUCGACAAACUAAAACAAGUGAUCACGGAAAAGCAAGAAGCCCUGAACAACGCCAACUCCAGCUGGACCGCCAGACUCGAACAACAACACAAAGUCAUCAACCAACAAGUCGAAACACUCAAGAAGCAGUUAUCCGAACAAUCGACCGAAUUAUCGACCAUUCGAACCGAGAAACAGAAAGUCGAAAAGGCGUUGGAGAUCAAGAGCAAGGAGUACAUUCAAGUACGAUCGAUUGCUGUAAAAUACAAAGAGUCAGCGAUGAAAGCAAUGGCUUCAUCUUCAAAUGCAGCUACACCUUCAACCUCAGCUCCACAACAAGCUGCAUCAUCGGCUGCUGCGGCUCCAGUAGUAGCGGCUUCAUUCUCAACACCAGCUGUUCCAGCUUCAUCUAGGGCUAUCCAUCCACCAAAGACUAGUCCAACGAAACCGCGAGGAGCUACGCAACGUCAAGUAAGACCACCAGCUGGUUUGGCUCGAGCUCAACAACAGAUUUUGCGCGCUCAAGGCGUGCCGAAACCAGCACCAGCUGCACCGCUUUACGGACAAAACAAGGCCAAGAUUUUAAAGUUGGAGGAGGAUAAUAAGGUGGGUUUAGGAGGGUAUAAUAAGGUGGAAAAGGGGCGUUUUUUAUACAAAAAAAGCUAGUCUAGGCUCAGAAAUUUGACAAAAAGGAGUUUUUUUUUUUUAUUUUUAGGUUUUUUGUCAAUUUUUUGUCUCAAAAACUUGAUUUUCUAAUGUUAUACUCAAUUGCCUAGCCAUUUUUGUAAAGUAAAUUCAUUUUAGCGCCUUAUUAUUCUAGCCUUCUCAAUAUAAACCAAUUUUUGCAGGAACUAACAACAAAAUUAACGGCCCAAACCACCGAAAACCAGAACCUAAAACAAAAACUCGAAGCUUUGGAAGCCCAAAUCAAGGAGAAAGAGCUACGAAUCGCGGCGAUGGAAAAGAAAAUCACCGAGUUGGAGGAUCAAAACUCGGAACUUCAGUCCACAAUCGAAUCAGACGCCUUCAGGCACAGUGCUAUUGAAGGCUCGUUCAGCAGAGCCAAACAAACCAUUGAGGAAUUGAAGAAGCAGAUCGAAACGUUGAACAUGGAAAAACAAGUUCUGUUGGGAGGAAGUCAACAACAACCUGGUUUUAGCUUUAACGGGUUACAGGGAAGUCAGUAG